AUGACUCUACCAUUAUCGAGAAUAGACUACACAGCCGUGGGUGUUACAUCUCGAGGCACAACAAAGAUUUUCUCCGCGUCGGAGCAUAGACAAACUCAGAAGUUUGCUGUUGCUGACCACGAUGGCGUGUUACACGUCUACGGUAUGAAGAAGGGCGAGCUACAGCUGUCGUUCAAGUCUCUGCCCGGCCCGAAGAUUAAUAAACUAGUUCUGGGUGGUUCCGCGCGCGAUAAGAUUUACAUUGCACACGGAAACACCGUGAAGGGUUACUCGAAAAAAGGAAAACUGUUCCUAGAUUUCGACACAAAUCUGAUAGAUCCCAUUUCAGCGAUGUGUGUGAUUGGACCGCAUCUUGCGGCAUGUGCUCGGGAUCUCUAUCACAGAUACCACGAUUGCAAAGACGCUGACUCUUAUUUAGCUGGUGAAACCUUAUACGAUGUUGUACUUUUGCCCGCCGAAGGUUCUACCGUCUACGCGAUUCUCGCUUGCGGAGAUUGCGCGGUACGAGUCCUUCAUGGAACAAAGAGCCCAGCGGUUCUUAGGCUACCAAGCGUGCCUACGGUCCUAUCUUUAUACAGAGAGGGUGAUGUCGAGUCUAAAGACCGUGUUCUGGUCGGAACCAUGGAUGGCAGGAUAGGUUUACUGAUACUUCAGGGUAACAAAACAUUGAGGAUCACUUGGUUGCUGAACGUGACAGGCUCCGAGGUCACUUCUUUGGACACUUACGAAUUGCAAGACGGUUUGGAUAUACUUGUCGGUCGGCAAGACGGUACUGUCGAGGUGUACACAUUUCCUGACGAAGACACGUCACCGUCCUUUCGCUAUCGUUACAACGCCAAUGAGAGUAUCAGUUCGGUGGUAGGUGGUGUAAUUGGAGCUGCAAAGUAUCCCGAGGUUCUGGUUACGACGUAUUCAGGCCGGAUAUUUGGCUUGACCACCAGACCACCUGGACUCUUGGAGUCUGAUCAAAAUGACGGUUUGAUCAAGUUGAAAGCAGAGAUACAGCAAUUGCAGGAGAAACUUAACGAAGAAAAGGAAGCGGCUAAUUUUACUGUCGACCCUUUGGCGCCGUUAAUUUUGUCAGUGAAUCAUAGGAUGGUUUUGAACCAAGAAGACGCAUCGUAUUCGCUAUCCAUAGAACUUGAUACCCCGAUAGACAAUAUUUUAGUUCAAUCAGACACACCGAUAAAAUUACUGGAUGUGGAGAGCAAUAGUGCUGUAGUCAGCCUCUCUGCUUGCAAUCCUAGAGAUGGCAAUUUUGUUCUUGCUACUUAUCGUUGCCAAGUGAAUACUAAUCAUCUUGAAAUGAGAUUAAGAACCAUCGAAGGUCAACCAGGUGUUUUACAAAUCUAUGUAACUUCACAGGUACAGCCGAAAUGCUGUCGUAGAAUAUCGAUACCCAUAUACGCCCUUUCCCUUCACGUAAGACAACACGAAACAGACGACACAGAGUUCUCUGGAAAGUCUUUUAACGAAUUGAAACUGAUUGGAAGCUUCACCGUUGCGGAGAUGCACGCCUGGCUUUCUUUGAUACUACCCGAUGUUCCUGAAAGGCCUCACUUGCAAGAAGGCGAAGCUACUUUAACGUACGUUUCGUCUUUCGUGGGCACAAUCUUGAAAUGCACGUACAAAAAAGGAAACGCCAUUUUCCAUGGGGAGAAUAUAUCGAGUAUCAUAAUUCUCAGAGAUAUAUUGACGAGAGAAGCAACAAAGAGAAAAAUUAAGUUAGAUGUAUUUUGUGAUGUCGCGGAGGGCAGUAUAUCCAGAGUGGUGGAGUUAAUGCUACCGAGAUUGAACACGGCACACAAAUUAAUUACGAAAGUAAAAAUUUUAAACGCGCUAGAGGAAUGGGAGUUGAAAGAAAAUCCAAAACAGAAUCUGUGCUCGGAGUACCAAGGGUUGCUACAGGAGGAAACGGAAAUCAAAUCGCAAAUGGCGAAGGAUAACGAAAUUUUAGAUAGGCUGCACGGGGUAAUUACAGAUCUUUAUGUCGAUUGGGAAAGAGCCAAACGGUCUCGCAGGAUUAGUAGCAAAGAUGCGGCGGAAAAGCUCAACGCAGCCCUCGAAUCCAGAGAAAUGGCUCAGCUUUUACAUGUUUUCAUUGAUACAAGUAACACGGUGCCUGCACCAUCUUUAACACCGUCGAUUAUUUAAGACUGAACUACAGAUUUUUUUUAUGUGGAGAAU